AAAAAGCCAUCAGAUAAAUAAGAUAUGUUUUCUUUAAAGAAUGAUGGUACUGACUUGUACAAUUGUCAGAAGAAAAAGGAAAUAACAAAGUAGUGUGGGUAUGUGUCAAGGAAAAUUCAAGGAAAUUCACAAUGGUACUUCAGCAAUUUUGUGGUUGAAUGCCCAGGUUGAUGAUGUACAGUAACAAGCUUGACUUAUUUUCUCUUCAGACUGAAACUUUGCAGAGUCUGCAGUCAAAACAAUCUAGUUUGUAAGUGGUCAAUCGGGAGAGUGGGAGUAAAUAAACUGAACUUGGAAGCUUAUUCCAGUAUGGAUUGUAAAAUGGACCGGAUCGACUUGAAAAAGCCCCUGGUUCUUUUUGAAUCCCCCUGCUGUCAACUAAUCUGUUUUACAUAUGCUGCUAACUGGGUUUUAGGGUUUUAGGGUGAGAUUUGAUGGGGAGAGGGAUGAGGUGGAUUUCCCUGGCUCUGCUUUUUUUAUCCUUGGAUUUUGAAUUUACAAUGACUUUCUUCGGGAAAUUUUAAACAUCUGAUAUUUAAAAUUAUAAAUCUAUGCUGCAUAAUAUUUGAGAAAACUCACUUCAAAAAAAUAUCGGUCUAAGCACUUCAGAACAUAAGAUCAGGAGCACAUUGUAUUAACAUGAUUUAAAAAAAAAAAAAAAAAAAAGGAAUGGAGUUUGGUUUCACUGGAGCCGGACCAUGAAGUUUGUCUGUAUAAAGUGGAUCAGGCUCGAUUUCCAUCCACCCGUCACUGUCAUCCAACAGUAGUGCCGUAUGCACCAUAGCAAGGGAAAUUAACCAAUGAAAAUCAACUAUGUCAACGUCAAACAGUUGCUGUAUUUAAAACCGAUAUUUUUUAUUAUCAUUGGAAGUACAUACUAUACUAAAGAAAAGGGAAAUGAAGACAGGACACUAAAAAUCCAUAGUAGCCCUGGAGCCAAAGACUGGAGCUUUUAUCCAACGAGUUACCCACUGAGUCACCCGCUGAGCAGAGUGGAAAAAAAGACCAUUAUUAACAACAAUUAACGUCUGCAGAUUAAGCUGAUCAUUUCCUUCCAAUGGCUUUCAUGUCCCCACAAUGCUUAUAACUGGGAAUGUCAAGGCAGUUUUGUGUUUUCUGAAUUAUUCCUGCCCCCUCUUUCACUGCUAAGGCAGACACCAUGAAUUGUACCAGACUGCCUGACGUGGACGAGACACCAGUCGUUUUCUUUAGGAAUCAGUCUGUCUCCGUCAACAGCACCCACCAUGUGUUCCCUCCAUUCUUGGAAGACCCUUGCAAGAACUCCACUGGCCUCACGUUCUUCCUGGUGGCCUCCUAUUGCACUGUCAUGGUUGUUGGGCUGGUGGGCAACAUUUGCUUAAUCUGUGUAAUAGCCAAGCAGAAAGAGAAAGCCAACGUCACUAACAUAUUAAUCGCCAACCUUUCCUUCUCAGACAUUAUGGUGUGCGCGUUCUGUUUGCCCUUUACUGUGGUCUACACCCUAAUGGAUUACUGGAUUUUUGGGGAGGUCUUGUGCAAGAUGAUGCCAUUUAUCCAGUGCAUGUCGGUGACAGUGUCUAUUCUUUCGCUUGUCCUCAUUGCCUUGGAGAGACACCAGCUUAUUCUCAACCCUGCUGGUUGGAAACCCACUGUUCCACAGGCAUACAUGGCAGUGGUGGUGAUUUGGAUGCUAGCCUGCUUUACCUCACUUCCCUUCUUGGCGUUUCACAUUUUGACAGAUGAACCCUACAAGAAGCUCUCUUUCCUCAUGGCCUCCCUGGCAGACAAGGCUGUCUGCACUGAGAACUGGCCCUCCCACCAACACAAGCUUAUCUAUACCACCUGGCUGCUGAUUUUCCAGUACUGCGCCCCCCUCCUUUUCAUCCUGGUGUGCUACCUGAGGAUCUACUUCCGCCUGCGCAAGAGGAAGGACAUGCUUGACCGGAUGUGCGAGGAGAACCGGCGGAUGACCCACAGUAAGAGGAUAAACAUCAUGCUGGUGUCCUUGGUCACCGCGUUUUCUGUCUGCUGGCUACCGCUCAACACCUUCAACACCAUCGCGGACUGGAAUUACGAGGCAGUGAUGUACUGCCAUCACGACCUAAUUUUCUCAUUGUGCCACCUAGUGGCCAUGGCGUCAACCUGUGUCAACCCUGUCAUUUACGGCUUCUUGAAUAACAACUUCAAAAAAGAAGUGAAGUCCAUUUUUGUGCACUGUAAGUGCAGCACCCUGGAAGAGGAUUAUGAACACUUUCCUCUUUCCACCAUGCACACAGAGAUAUCAAAGACUUCCCUCCGCUUGAGCUGUAGGAAUAACUCAGUAUAGCAAGGGGGAUAUGCCUGCUACUGCAAACCAUUAUUAUUAUUUGUUUAUUUAGCAGACGCCUUUAUCCAAGGCGACUUACAGAGACUAGGGUGUGUGAACUAUGCAUCAGCUGCAGAGUCACUUACAACUACGUCUCACCUGAAAGACGGAGCACAAGGAGGUUAUGUGACUUGCUUAGGGUCACACAAUGAGUCAGUAGCUGAGGUGGGAUUUGAACCAAGGACCUCCUGGUUCCAAGCCCUUUUCUUUAACCACUGGACCACACAGCCUCCUAUGUAUAAGUACCAAACUCUGAAUGUAUAUAUUAAUAAAGAAAAUACAUUACUAUACAUUUCUGUAAGGUUGAUGAAUGUACUGUAAGUAGUAAACAAUUGUAUAUUUUAGAGCACUUUAAAUUAUAUGAAUUGAGGGUUUGUCCUUAAAAUCCUUCUUUGUUCUUUAAUUUCAAGUGUGUAAAUUAAUUAUUUGUAUGAAAGCUGCAUUGUACAAUGGAUUUGUCAGAAUGGAGGCAUUGUGUACUUUAGAUAUUAAUCAAAUAUCUUAUUUUAGGAGCAGCCUUUUUACAUUUAUCUUACUUUUGUAUGGUGUGGAUGUUGGUUCUAUUGCUCUCUAAUUGAAAAAGGCCACAGUGUCCCAUGAUCUGAAUGAAAUGUUAAGGCUAUUCAGUACUGGAACUUCAGAUUCUCCAGACAAGCUCAAAGCCAUGUAAAGGUAGAUUUAAAGAAAAUUGAUAAUUACUCAGUUUUGAAGCAACAGGAUCAAGAACCACUUUGGAGUUUAGCAGAUACUAUUCAGUAUUAAGGGGCAUAUAUAAACUUCUAUAGAUUUUGGGUUAGACUGUUUAUGCUCCUUUUGUGAAGAAUAAUUUACAUCAUGUAUUAAUUGAGCAUUGCUUCAGUUGAAAAAUCACAUUUUCAAUGCAGGAAUGCAACGUAUACAAAAUGUAACUACUGUGUAUGUUCUUCAAGUGUGUUUAUCUUAUAUCAAGUAUUCUCAGCCUGGACACAGCAUAUUGGUCUAGGUUUUUCAUUCUUGUUCAAGCUACAGCGUGAAUGUGUUUGUUGUACCUGCAUUUACUUGCAUUAUUAUAUUGCAAUUCCAGUUAGAUUAAAAGGCUUGCGUCUGGUCUUGUUUUUGGAUUUCUGUGGCUAACAGUGGGUAGGAUUUUCCACUCUCCCUUAUUAGGCUGUUGAUAUUGGCCAUUUGUGCAAGGGACAUGCAGCAUGGAGAUAAAUAUUGGUUUAAGAGUAAAAAUGGAAUGAGUAGAAUUACACAAGUAUUUAUAGUGUCAAUUUCCCAAAUAAACAAUUCACAUUUCAUUUCAGUGGGAAAUCUGGACCGCUGUCACUUAACGGUGUACUUAAAGGGGCAACACUUUCCUGAGUGGUUUACAGUCAGUACUGUUGUAUUGCAGACUUUGACUCAGGAGCACCACACCAUAGUUUACUUCCUGUGUUACAGGUAAUACUGUCAAUAGAAAAUAAGGAGAGGCUCUAUUAUGUGUAACACAGGAAGUGAAAGCAUAGAGGAAACCAAAUACUUCCAUCAAGCUUACAGUGUUGUGACAGUAUGAGCAAUGUCUUGAAAAUAAAAAGGAAUGUUAUGCUAAUUAGAGGCAAUUUAAUAAAAUGUUGUUUAAAGCUGUGCUUAGUACACCACUGUGGAGUAUUUGCCUUUAAUAUUGUAUGUAUUUAAAGCACUUCAAGAACCAAAUUUGAAUGUAACUGUACUUCAUAACAAAGUAGAGAGCAGGAUUUGAUCCUAUUACCUUAAUGAUCAGAGACCAGCUCCAUUAGGCUACAGCAACUUGGCAUGGCAAUCAAAUUUCACAUUUUCUAUCAGUGUGGUUGUUUAUAUAUAUAAAAAAAGCUUCCCUGCCAGUUUAUCUAAAAAAUAAAAAAAAGUUAAAAGCAAAGCUUCGUUUUUUUAUAUACAGUAGGUGACGAUAUUAUAACCUCACCAAAUAGUAAGCUGAAGACAUUUGAUCAGAUCAUUUCUACAUUUGAUCAGAUCAUUGCUCAAUUACAUUUGAAAGAAACUCAUUCAGCUGUUUUGAAGCAAUGGUGGUAUUGAAAAAACCUCAACGAUGGUUUCCAGGCAGCCCUAUUAGAUGGAAGUCAAAGUCAAGGUCCCCAUUGGUGGCUGGUCUACCUUUCAAGUUCAAGGUAAUGAGGUGCACCUGCUGUCCUGUGGAGUGUUCUUUAAGCUGUUGGCUGCUAACUAGUCUGCUGCCAGUGGGACUCAUUUAUUUAUAUAUUCAUGUUAUGUUUAUGUAGAAUUUAUGAAAAAUAUAACUAUGAUUGAAUGUACAUCAUUAAAAUAUAUUAAGUGUAUUAAGUAUAUCAGACAUUAUAAAAAUAAAAAAAUGUGUUUUGGUUUUUAUUUUACCAGUAGUUGGCAGCAAUAAGUCAACCCCCUUUUUAAAGAAGGAAGGAAAGGGGGAUGAGGGUAGGAGAGCUGUAUCAAUACAGCUAGAGUGUAUUCUUGGAGUCUUGCUUGUGCUACUUCUGUUUUCUGUUAGUUAGAGAAAGUGUUUGUUUUACUUUUUGUAGCUUUGUUUUUUUGUGUGUAAAUGAAAGUGAGACACACCCAGCCCUUGAACACAUAAAAACUCUCUGAUGUUGAAGUUGUUAGAAGUUGUGGCUUAAGUAGAUGCAACACAUUUGUUGUUGGCAAGAUUUCUUGUGGACUGCAGAAAUAAACAAUCUGGCAGGAUUUCCUGAAAGCCUAUUUUUAUACUACAUAUUUACUUCCUGUGUUACAUAUAAUAGGACCCUACCAAUUAUACAACCUUACUGUUAAGGCAGGAUACACAGAUUUCACCUGAGUCAAAUAAAAAAGACCAGUACUUGGUCAUUCUGUACUGGGGUAAGGGCCACUGGCCUGCCAAUGGGAAGAUUAUAUUCUCAUCAGUGGUAUGUGAGUAGCUAACAGCUGGAGGUAUCGAUCUUGCUCUCCAUCUAGUUUCUGGAAAUAAACAUAUCUGUCCUACUGCGGGAUACAGGGACACAUUUACAGACAUUUUUUUUUUAAAUAGCCUUACUUAGUACCCCGUAAAAUGAAGUUUCUGCGUGACUUUUCAGAUUUUCAGAUAAAGGCACAAAAUACAAAAGUGGUUCACAGUACUGGAAAAUCACGACACAUACGGUAUGCAUUUGUUCACUGUUUUUUAUUUGCAUUAAUUUCCUGUUCUUUAUCAUUUCAUUAUGUGACAGCUGUCAAGGCUGAUUAGAAGUUGUUUAUUAUUCAUAACAAUUAUUAAGUUGUAAGUGCAUUUUCAUUUAGUUGUAUGUUAUUUGCAAUAAUUAGCAAGCUGGGUAACAAAAAUAACUUAAGUAUUGGACCAUACAAGUCUCCUGCACAUUUAUUAUACCAAGAUAAAUGAAAACUUAUCACAAAACUUUAAAAAGCACACAUCAAUAAAACUAAAAACUAAUAACAACAGUGUGGUCUGCAAGAAAAUGCCAGGUGAUUGUUAAACAAAUCUCUUUGACCUCAGCACCCAUUCCCAAACACCUACCAUGAACGUAUACUACACUACACACAUUAACCAUUAGUAGAAAAUGAAUAAAUGAAAAGGUUACAUUGCCACUUGUUUUGAAUUUAAUGAAGAAGGUUGUUCAGUCCUGGCACUUUUGAUUCUUAUCACAAGCUCAAAGCCAAGUAAACAGAUUCAGAGAGCAAUGGUAAUUAUUCAAUAUUGAACAACAGAACUCAUUACCGCUCAGAACCAUUGCAAAACCCAUACGAUAAAUAGGAAGGGAAUUGGACAAAUAUCAAAAUGACAUUUCAAUCUUCAUACUCAUUUAAGUCCUGUGUCUCUUUAUCGCAAUUUGUUGUUUAUAUAUUGUAAGGGAGCAGGGAGGGGGGUUAAAAUUCUUCCUGCCAAAAUACACGCUUAUUUAAUUUGCUAAUUGUUUUCUUGUUUUGGCUUUUGGCUUGUCAUUGUAAAUUAGAGCCAACUGCCAAUAUUUAAAGGCAGCAGCCAGUCUGCUCGGGGCUGCAGAGUGAAGAAGCCUGAUUGUCUAUCUGUUUGUCUGUCUGUCUGUCUGUGCAUUAGUGAAUGCAUGUGCCGUAUUUAAAAAGGUAGAGUGUGAAACCUUUUUGUUCUGUUUAAAAUAUAACCUGUGUGUUUUGUUUUAUGCCGGUAAACAGCCUAGCUGUCUGGUUGAUAGCUAGGAAGUUCCUGUAUGUUUAGUAAGCGCUCUGAAGGAGCUAGGUUUUUUUUUUUUUUUUUUGUUUUUUGUAUUAUUAAAAGUCUGCGUAAGCGCUUAAAACCUCAAGUUUUGUGUCGAGUCUACAUUUUUAUAGGGGCAAACAAACAUGAGUGAAAGAAUAUUACGUAUUAAUUCUGCUAGUGUUAAUCAAUUACUGCUGAACCGGAACCACAUUUUCAAUUACAGUCCAAUACAGGUUGUUGCUGUUUAGAAUUUUUUAUGGAUAGAGAUUAUGAUUGGUUAGAAUGUCAUCUGAUAUUCCAGUAACAAACAGGGCAAAGCUUGGAACAUGGUGCUGCCCUAGCUUUCAUAAUAAAGACAGGAUGCCAGCUGGUGACAUUACCUGAGGAAGAGCUUGUUGCAAAGGAGAAGGAGAGGGAGGGGGAGAAGUGUGUCAAAUAAGCGACAAUGAAGCAAGAGGUAGGUGAGCUUAACCCUCUCAUGUAUGGCAACCUCAUAAGGGGACGGAUAACUUUCUUCUGGUCUUUAUAUGGGGACAUGUGGAAGACCCAAAUGCAUGAUGACCUCAUAUGAGGAUGCCAUUUUUUCCCUGUAUAAAGCAAUGGAAAAAAAAACCUACAAAAUUCCAAUGAAAAAUAUUUAUUAUGUAUCCAUUUAUGUCAGCUUUUUUCAAUAUUUCAUGCAUGAAGGAGCUGAAUACCCAUCAACUGGUUACUUCGUCUGUCUGGAAUUCCAUUUUCAUGGAUUUAUUAAGAACACCAGUAGUGUGUAGCAUGAAUACAGUAAUUAUAUUUAUAUUAGCUUUUUGGCUGUGGUCUGCAGGGGAAUCUCUAAACACUGGGGUGGUCCAUUUGAGAACCAUUGUUCUGCAUUUGCCUAGCAAAUCUGUUUCUUAUGAUUUUACCACACAAUUGUACUGUAUUUUUUAACAUGUUCUCAUGUGUGUGCAGGCCUUUAUAUGCCAAGCCUCAACUCAAGCAAGCUCCAAUUCAGCAAAGCCUGGUUCUGGUUCAGAAAGCAGAAAUAAAGCAGACCUGAAAAGACAGAAAGUUAUUUACUUUUGCCCUGCUGCAUGCGUGAGCUGUCAUAUAAAAAAAGGUCUUCCUUUUCUUAUUUUGUGUUACCAUGUAUAACCUUGGAGGGUAAAUGAGUAAACUUUUUAAUGAUGUUUUUCUUUGUUUGUUACCAGUGUUAUUUUCUGCAUUCACUUAAUUAGAGGCGUCAUGCCAAGCCUAAUUGUUAAUAAAUAAAUAAAUAAAUAAUUUUAUUUUCUGUUUACAUAUUUACAGGGAAUUUUAUUCUAAAAUAAACUCAGUGUUUGGCUAAGGAUAGUGUUACUCUUUCAGUAUUGUCCCACUUAAAUUACUAAACGCUAAUAAAUUACUAAAGCUUAUAAAAUAAUGUAUAAUUUCUCUAUUAGAAAAAGUUUGAAUGUUUUUAGGUUUACAUUUAGGUAUAGUAUAUGGAUUUGAGUUAGUUGUGCAAAGUUUAUGCAAAAGUAAAUCAAACAUCAGUAAGAUACGUGCCUGCUUUUUGGCUUCCAAAGACCACCCUGAGCUGCAUUUGGAAUCUGCAGGUCCCAGCUGCUGUGCUAAUUUCUCAGCUUUGUAUCUUACAGUGGUCCCAGACACAGGCACAUUCUGAUCACAGGCAUUUUUAAAGCAGAAAAGCAAGACGUUCUUAUCAUCAGGGUAUUCAGCAAAUUGGAAAUACUGAUGACUUGCAUACACAGUUUACUGUUCAUAGGCCUGUAUUAUUGUAUCCCCUUUUUUCAGAGAGUUCAUGGGAAUGUUAAUCUGCAGCAACAUCUUUCUUUUUCUUGUACUGUGGUGCAUUAUCCACAGCUUUCAAUACUCCCACUUUUGACUGCAAGAAUAAUGCAGGUUUUUGUACUGGUCACUCACUUCAGUGUUUCAUGGAAAUGGCAUCGAUACGUGACCAUGUAGAAAAUUCAAAGUAUCAAGAAAUUAGUUUAAUCAGAGUUCAUUUGAAU